AAAUGGAGCUGCAGCUAGACGCCCCGCCCGCAUUGCUGCCAUCCGUCAGGGACUGGUCGGAGCUGCCACUGGAUGCGCUUACUUUGGUCUUCAAGGGGCUCGACGCCGUCGACCUUCUCAUGGGCGCUGGCCUUGUGUGCCACUCGUGGCUGGAGGCGGCCAAGGCGCCUGAGCUCUGGCGCAAGGUGGACAUGGGGCGCGGGCCGCGGGACAAGGAGGUGAUGGAGAAGAAUAGAGGUGUUGAUUUGGACCAUUCAAACAGAGGCGUGGGGUUUGCCAUCCGUAUUCCCGGCAAAAACAACUUGAGCAAGAGCACACAGGUGAUGUGCGCAAUGGCGAAGGUGGCCGUCGACCGAUCCGACGGGAAGAUGGAGGUGUUUGUGGGGUCGAAUUUUGUUACCGAUGAGAUCCUCAAUUAUAUUGGAGCCAGGUACUCAUCUUCUUAUCAUAGAAGUGUUUGCACAGAACAAAUAAUCGUACCACAUCAGUUUUGCAACAGAACAUACUUAAUUUCCAGUCGUUAUCUCCUUUACUUACUUUGCAGGUCGCCCUCUCUGAAGGGGCUUGCCCUCUUAUCAUGCUACCAUGUAACCAGCCAAGGGUUCACCGAUCUGGUAAGCAAGUGCCCCCUGCUAGAAGACAUCGAGCUUUCGGGCUGUAUAGGUGUCAGCGGCGACGCAAUGGUAGCCACUGGCAGGGCAUGCCUGCGGCUGAAGCGGCUGGUGCUGGACAAAACUUGGACGCGUAGGUGGGACAGGGGGGAGGUGGCAGGCAUCUCGAUGAUGCACGAGCUCCGGCACCUUAGCCUCUCACGCAGCGAUAUCACGAACGAGGAGCUCAUGGCCGUCGUCUACGCCUGCCCGUGCCUGGAGCAGCUCUCGGUGGCCGACUGCUACAACAUAGUCGCUGACAACGCCCUGCGAGCAAAGUGUGCCACUGUCAAGACGCUGGGGCUUCCGGCUUCACAGGAUCACCACUAUGAUUGGGAUGAGUUUUAUGCUUAUGGGUUUGGGACCGCUUCCUACCAUGGCGAUAUCGGCUAUGGCUGGAUGUCCAACGAUCGCUACGCUUCGAAUGGGCCUUACGAUUAUGAGUUUGGGACCGCUUCCUAUGACCAUGAUAUCGACUACGGUUGGAUGCCGGAUGACUAAGUGUUAUGAUUUGGCUCCGGUUCAGAGGACCAUGGAUCAUAUAUAGUACUCAUCAUACUUCAUUUCCUUAAGACAAAACCUAUGAAAUGGUGAUUAGUUGUAGCCUCUUCUGGUCGCUUAUGCUAGUUAUGUGACAUAAUGCAUGAUUGAGUUUGAUAA